AUGAUAAACAAAGCGGUCGCAUUGCCUAUAGCAGAGGAUGUUGAUAACGCUCGCUCCCUCGCCGUGAAGGGAGAUCGUGGAGCAGCCGUAUACGCAGCGCAUGAGCGUCUGGAGGAGGAUUUAGCAAAACUGUCCGCUGUCAUUGCCGACACAAAACGGUAUACAUCUUCUGGCAUGGAUCCGUGGGCAGCUGUCUCUUCGACCAUUGGGUCUAUUUGCCAAGAGGUGGAGCUAUGUCUGCAGUUAUUCAGCACUGGUGUGAGGAUGGAGCGGUCAAGAGGUCUUCGGACUGUUACUAUUCUUUACGAUUCACGGAAGUGUCCCGCCGAUCGAUUGCGUGGCUUUUUUCAUGUGGUCCUGGCAGCCUUUAUUGUCGAUGACUUUGCAGCGGUUAUGCCGGCCACGGUUGUGUUGAAGUUUGCGCAAGCCGUUCGCGUUUUCGAUGCGCAACAAGCCGCUGAGUGGUUAAGGUUGGGCAUUCAAGGCAUGUUAGAUGCGCACAAUGCCUCUGAAUCGUCUGACUUGCCUUCGUUCUCGGAGAAGCUGCGUUCCUUGUCAGCGUUUGGUGGGUGCAGUUCUGCAUCAGCACACACACAACCAAAGGGUACAAAUUCUGUCAUGGUGUCCAUGCUGACCCUCUUGGUUAAGUGUGAGGCAGAGACUGGGGGUACCUCGACGGAGGUACAGGAGAGAAAAUGGGAUCUUCGUGACUUUGUGGAAGAAGAUGUUCUGGAGUCUUUGUUGCGCUUUGAGGUUGAAUGCACUGCUAUGAUGAAGGGGAAAAAGGAACGUAUUAGACAGAGAAUAGAACAACGUGGCACCAAAAGGCAGGUCGCGGUGCCUCCUCCAGUGUCAGCUCCCGAAACGACAGAUAGUAAGGUUGUCUCACGCAAUGGCGGUACAUCUCGCUUUGAGUUAUUGCAUCGUUACGUUGAGUACUUUCUGGGUACUGAAUGGAAACAGCAUCCCUCUCGGGCAGUAGUAGCAGUCGCUGCACUUAUAAUAAUAUGCAUUUUGCUGCGACGAGUGACUUCUGUUGUGGUGGCCGGCUGGGGAAGUAUUCGAAGAUCGUCUUAUGGGGCGAGGAGAACGCUUACUCUGUGA